CGGCUCUUCUAUUAGAUCAACAAGCCUUUUAAUAUCAUUACUUUUUCCUUUCUUGAGAUUCUUUACUAUGUGCUUCAGGUUAAGUACUGAUCAUGGCUCCUUGGCCUGAGUUGGAAAACUCUCAAACCAAUAACUAUACUGAAGACUCCUCCAAGCAAGACAAGGCCAUGUCUGAAAAAGGUGGAGAAAAUCACAAAGACCAUGUGGGUUCACUUCGAAGUAAAGGUGGACUUCAGCCUGCACAUUCCAACAUUGCCUUGAUAGAUGAGCCAGGGCAAGAAGAAGACCCUUGGAGUAUGCCAGUGCUUCAGGACACUGGGGUCAAGUGGUCAGACAUGGAUAACAAAGGAAAAAUCAUCAGUGUGCUCACAGGGAUAGCAAAAUUUAUUGCCUUGCUUGGACUACUCUACUUCUUUGUGUGUUCCUUGGAUAUACUGAGCUCUGCCUUCCAGUUGGUAGGAGGUAAAGCAGCAGGGGACAUUUUUCGAGAUGGUUCUGUGCUGUCAAAUCCUGUUGCUGGUUUGGUGAUUGGAGUUUUGGUGACAGUCAUGGUGCAGAGCUCUAGCACUUCCUCAUCCAUUAUAGUCAGCAUGGUGUCUUCUACAUUGCUGAGUGUAAAGGCUGCUAUUCCUAUCAUAAUGGGGGCAAAUAUUGGUACCUCAGUCACAAACACAAUUGUGGCGCUCAUGCAAGCUGGAGACAGGAAUGAAUUUAGAAGGGCCUUUGCUGGAGCUACAGUCCAUGAUUUCUUUAACUGGCUCUCAGUGUUCGUGUUGUUGCCCCUUGAAGUAGUGUCUGGUUAUCUUUAUCGUCUUACUAAUGUUAUAGUUGAUUCCUUUAAUCUCGAGAGUGGUGAAGAUGCCCCUGAGCUGCUAAAAGUCAUCACAGAUCCUUUUACAAAGCUUAUCAUCCAGCUUGAUAAGUCAGUAAUAAAUGCAAUUGCUACAAAUGAGGAAGGAGCAAAAAACAAAUCUUUGGUAAAGACUUGGUGCAAAACUAAAACAAAUGUGACAAUGCAGAAUGUCACCAUUCCGGCCUCAGAAAACUGCACAUCCCCUGACCUUUGCUGGACUGAUGGAAACUUGACAUGGACCAUCAAAAAUGUGUCUCUCACAGAAAAUAUUCAAAAAUGCCAGCAUCUCUUUGUAGGAACAAAUCUUGCUGAUCUUGCUGUCGGUCUCAUCCUGCUUGCAGGGUCUUUGAUAAUUUUGUGCACCUGUUUGGUGCUGAUAGUUAAGUUACUGAAUUCUGUGCUUAAAGGACAAGUGGCCUCCGUUAUCAAGAAGACACUCAAUACCGAUUUCCCAUAUCCUUUUUCUUGGGUAACCGGAUACCUGGCGAUGCUUGUUGGAGCUGGUAUGACGUUCAUUGUUCAAAGCAGUUCUGUUUUCACAUCUGCUAUUACGCCACUCGUUGGUAUUGGUGUUAUAAGCAUUGAGCGCGCUUACCCACUUACGUUAGGAUCUAACAUUGGUACGACCACGACUGCUAUACUGGCCGCUUUAGCAAGUCCAGGCAGUACAUUAAGAUAUUCAUUACAGAUUGCUUUGUGUCACUUUUUUUUCAAUAUUUCCGGGAUUAUUCUGUGGUACCCAAUACCUUUCACCCGGGUACCAAUCCGCCUCGCAAAGAGCUUGGGGAACAUAACAGCCAAGUACAGAUGGUUUGCUAUUUUUUAUCUGAUCCUCUGCUUCUUCCUGAUCCCGUUGGCUGUGUUUGGUUUGUCGGUAGCUGGCUGGCAGGUCCUUCUGGGCGUUUGUGGUCCCAUCCUACUUGCUUUGAUUACAGUGAUUGUGAUUAAUGUUCUGCAGUCCAAACGGCCAAAUAUACUGCCUACAAAGCUCCAAAACUGGGAUUUCCUUCCCAGGUGGAUGCACUCCUUGAAGCCAUGGGAUAAUGUGAUAACUUCUGCACUCUCCUUCUGUGGGAGAUACUGCUUCUGCAACAAGUGCUGCAAAUGCUGCAAAGGCAACACGGAAGAUGAGCCUGCCAAAGACAAGCAGGAAAAGGCUAUGGCAGUUUAUGAUAACACGGUUGAAUUGGCUGAUGAAGAAAAUUGUGUUACAAAGACACAACCAGCGGCUGGUGGUGAGAAAACCUACUCAGACAACACAGCCUUCUAGGAGGGGAUCAAUCUAUAAUAGCAAAGAUACAGUAUAAGACAAUCAAUCUCUUGAAAAUCAGCUUGGGCAGUAUACUGAGGAAUGAAUGAAAACUCAGUUAGGUUCUUGUAUCCAGUGGUAUACUACUCAUCAAGGAAUGCAGUAGAACAAAUUCUACAUGGUUCCCAGAAAGUCUAAGAUCAGGUAAAAAGCUAAGGAUGGAUUUUUAUCUGGAGGAUCUACUAUAUGAAAUGUUAAUUCAAGGCCAGUAAUACUAAACAAAUAAACGUUGAUAUGCAGUCCCAUUAACAGAAUCGCUCCAAUGAGUUGAGACAUAUGAACUUAAAAAAACACUCUGUAAUGUGCAGAACAUUCUCUCCGAAUUACAGGGAUAUUAAACUACACUCACCUGAUGAUACCACAAAGUUUCUGGAAGAGGCAAAAAAAUCAGAAGAACGAAAAUGUUUUCAUAUAUUCAUUUUCUGCAAUGUUAAAGAGCAUAGAUGCUGUAUUUUGUGACUUUUAACUAAAGGCUAACAUGUAACUAUUUUAAAUUGCUGGUGCUCUUGCCAUUUGAUAGUAUAAAUCGGUUAAGGACUGGGUGCCUACUGAAGGGCUUUCUGGAAACUUUUUACUAAACCACAAAACAGCCUUUUAAAAUAGCAGAAAAGGUUGGAUUUAGAGCAAUAAAAGCAAGGAAAUUUGGAAUUCAGCAUUAUGCCUACUGCAGGGCUUAUGCUAAGAUCACACGUUUUUAAAGAAAGCUGUUAACACCUACUGUAGAGAAAAUGUGUGUUAACUGUCACCAUUUACAGCAUGACCUGUGUCAAUAUAGUUGGAAUCAGCAUAGUGCCUGGCAUGAAUUUGUACUGUCAGUAUUAUGCAUGUGCAUAUUAGGAAUCCAAAUCUCUAAUAAAAAUCCACAGGUAAAGUAAUCGUACAUCACAUGCUGGGAAGUCCCAUGUCCUCGCUCUCUGUGGGUAUUAAUGUUUUAGUAAAUGCCUGUGCAGACUAGUCCACAUCAUGGACUGACAAACUGCAACAUUUCAGAAUGAGCCAUUUCUGAGUACUGCAAAGCCUUCAAAAAUCAGUACACUUUUGUUGGCUUUACGUAAUUAAAAAAUGACCAAAUCAUAGGAGAUAUAGUGGGUGAGGGUUGGAAUGUAUGAAAGUUGACAGUUGUGAGGGGUGGAAAAACUACAGCCCUGGCUCUAUGCUAAUUUUUAGUUUAUAUAGCUGAGUUAUAAAUGAGACUUACAAUGGAAAUGCUGACAAGACCCUUCACUGUAGCAUAGCUACUCAGUGCUGCUAAAAUAGAUUUACUUCUGAACAAGUUUGCUAUUUUCUUAAUGUUAUGUAAUUUAGUAGGCAGAACUCAGUUAUAAUGUAAAUAUGUACAUUUUGAGGGUGAAAAUAAGUUCUUCACAUUUUUAAAUUGACAUGCUUAUACGUUGUGUAAAGUCUGCUUUUUCAUAUUAUAUUAAAUUUUAUUCAGACUGAGCUUUUGAUUUUUUCUGCUACUGUGAGCCAAUGACAAGAUGCUAAGCAUGGUUGUGAUUUGUAUCUAUCAGAUAGGAUUUUCAAAAGGACUCACUGGAGGCCUAACUCUGCUCCCCUGGAUCUCAAUAGAGAACUCAGCGUUAGGACCAGCCAUCCCUUUCAACCUAUUCCUUUUUCUGUUUUCUUGAUGUUAAUGUUUGUUGAACUUUGUUGUCUUUGAACAACUCUUCUCAUAUGAACAAGAUCUCUAGUCUGCCUCGCACAUUUCUAAUGUGCUCUCGCAUGUUUUUAUAGGCUUAUGUGCAUUUCCUACUCUCAGCUUUUUGACUCAUUAGAAUAAUAUCUAGACGUUCUUGUGAAAUUCUGUAAGACUAACUUUAAAAUAGAAGACGUUUCCUGCUUUUCCUUUUUCAGUUAACAGAGUGGCUCUUUGUUUUAUUGUUUUAAAUAAAAGCUUAAACAAGCCCUCUAUCAAAACACCAGGGAUAGGUUAGGAAAAGCAGUUGCUACAAAGGAACUGGAGGAAUUAUGUUUUGGCAUAUCAGUGAGCAUAUCAGCUUCUUUGUUGUAAAUAUUCUGCUGUCCUACAUUCAGUUCUUGUUUAUCCUUCUUCACUCUUUAUAUACAUUGUGUCACGUGCCUUAUUUUUAGGCAGAACUCAUGGAUUUCAGUGGAGACAUUAACUUAAAAAUUGAUAGCACAUGUCCCAGCAUAUUCAUUCCCAGACUCUAAUAAUUGCUAUUUACUUAAUUUAUAAUUGUUCUAGUGUACAGCAUUUUCAUAAGUUAUAUCGUAAAUGUCUUUAUGUGAUUGAGUUGUUUACAUUACAUAUUUGAAAACUAUGCAAUGUUUAUCUAUGAUGUAAAAAGGACAUACUGUAUAUUUUGUAACAUAGCUUUUAAAAAUUAUGUGUGUAACUAUAUACUUCAUACUGUGGAGGCAUGUUAGUGGCUCCAUUGUUUAAGUUAUAUUGUGAUUUGCUGCUAAUGCAGGAGGUGUGUCCUUAAAAUAAAGAUUACAAUGUAGCUAAAUAUAUUCCUAUUAUGUCUAUAAUGCACAAGGAUGUUGAAUUCUAUUUUUCUAACCAGUUGUGAAUUUUUUGUGAAGAGUAACGGUUGAGGCACAAAGUUUCUAAAAAUUAUUUUUUUAAAUUUGAAGAAAUUAUACAACUUUUCGGGAUUCUGUACCAUUGGCUUUGUAACCUGGCAUGAAUGUUCAUCUUGCUCUAGUAGAGUGCAGUGCAUUGAAUAAAAAAAUAAAGAGAUGUUUAAAAUAUA